CGCGGCGUCCGCGGGCGGGUCGGUGCCGCGUCCCACGUUCCGGGUUCGGCGCUGCCUCUCCGCGAGCCGGCCGCGCGGGGUGUCCGCCGCCCGCCAGCCCGGGCGCCGCGCCGUGUCUGCGAGGUGGUGUGUCCCCGGGCCGCGAGCGCCGGCCCCCUCCCUCCCCUCCCCCUUGGCCCGCUCUCAGACUCAGAUAAAGCAUUUCCUUCCAUUGUCAUCCUACCCGGCCGGCCGGGCUGCCAGGGCCCUCCCCCUCCCGGCCCCCUCCCUUCCUCUCGCCGUCUCACAGUCGCUCCGCAGCCUCCGGCGACCGGGGGGAUGUGAGGCCGGCGCCCCAGCCCCCCGCCCCGCCAUGAGCCCCCCGCUCUGAGGGCCCCGGCCCCUGGAUGCACAGCCCCGGCGCUGAUGGGACCCAGGUGAGCCCGGGUGCCCACUGCCCCAGUCCCCCUGGCACAGGCUGCCCCAGGCCCUGCGCAGACACGCCAGGCCCUCAGCCCCAGCCCAUGGACCUGCGGGUGGGCCAGCGGCCCCCGGUGGAGCCCCCGCCGGAGCCCACGCUGCUGGCCCUGCAGCACCCCCAGCGCCUGCACCACCACCUCUUCCUGGCUGGCCUGCAGACCCAGCGCUCGGCGGAGACCAUGAGGGUAAAGAUAGAGCUCCCCACGCACGCAGCAGCCUCGAGCUCAGACCCGGCACCCCUCCCUCCCUUCAGCCUCCCCAGACCCUCGCCUCCGUCUCCAACUCCUCGCCCCUCCCUGGGCGGCCGGCCCUCCCCACAGCUCUCAAUGGACACGCCGUUGCCCGAGUUGCAGGUGGGGCAGCAGGAGCAAGAGCUGCGGCAGCUUCUCAAUAAGGACAAGAGCAAGCGAAGUGCCGUAGCCAGCAGUGUGGUCAAGCAGAAGCUGGCAGAGGUGAUCCUGAAGAAACAGCAGGCAGCCUUAGAGAGGACGGUCCAUCCCAAUAGCCCCAGCGUUCCCUACAGAACUCUUGAGCCCUUGGAGACGGAAGGAGCUGCCCGUUCCAUGCUCAGCAGCUUCCUGCCUCCUGUUCCCGGCCUGCCCAGCGACCCGCCAGAACACUUCCCUCUGCGUAAGACAGUCUCUGAGCCCAACCUGAAGCUGCGCUACAAGCCCAAGAAGUCCCUGGAGCGAAGGAAGAACCCGCUGCUGCGGAAGGAGAGCGCCCCGCCCAGCCUCCGGCGGCGGCCAGCAGAAACCCUCGGCGACUCCUCCCCCAGCAGUAGCAGCACGCCGGCGUCAGGGUGCAGCUCCCCCAAUGACAGCGAGCACGGCCCCAACCCGGUCCUGGGCUCCGAGGCGCUCUUGGGCCAGCGGCUGCGGCUGCAGGAGACCUCUCUGGCCCCGUUCGCCUUGCUGCCCACAAUCACGCUGGGGCUGCCCGCCCCUGCCAGGGCUGAUGGUGACCGCAGGACCCAUGCGACUCUGGGCCCUCGGGGGCCAGUCCUGGCGAGUCCCCAUGCUCCCCUCUUCCUGCCCCACGGCCUGGAGCCCGAGGCUGGAGGCGCCCUGCCCUCUCGCCUGCAGCCCAUUCUCCUCCUGGAUCCUUCGGUCUCUCACGCCCCCCUGCUGACUGUGCCCGGGCUUGGGCCCCUGCCCUUCCACUUUGCCCAGUCCUUACUGACCACCGAGCGGCCCUCCGGGUCAGGCCUCCACCGGCCGCUGAGCCGGACCCGCUCAGAGCCCCUGCCCCCAAGCGCCACUGCCCCCCCACUGCUGGGCCCCCUGCAGCCCCGCCUGGAGCGGCUCAAACCUCACGUCCAGCUGAUCAAGAGGCCAGCCAAGCCGAGUGAGAAGCCCCGACUGCGGCAGAUACCCUCGGCUGAGGACCUCGAGACAGACGGCGGGGGAGUGGGGCCGCUGGGGGAUGACGGCCUGGAACACAGGGAGUCCAGCCAUGGGCAGCAUGAGACCAGAGGCCCUAUUCCUCUCCAGCAGCACCAGCAGGUGUACCUCUGGGAGCAGCAGCGACUGGCCGGGCGGCUCCCCCGGGGAGCCACUGGGGACUCCGUGCUGCCUCCCCUGGCCCAGGGCGGUCACCGGCCUCUGUCCAGGGCUCAGUCGUCCCCAGCCGCGCCUGCCUCACUGCCAACCCCAGAGCCCACCAGCCAGGCCCGUGUCCUGCCCAGCUCAGAGACCCCUGCCCGGACCCUGCCCUUCACCACAGGGCUGGUCUAUGACUCAGUAAUGCUGAAGCACCAGUGCUCCUGCGGAGACAACAGCAGGCACCCGGAGCACGCAGGCCGCAUCCAGAGCAUCUGGUCCCGGCUGCUGGAGCGGGGGCUCCGGAGCCAGUGUGAGUCUCUACGGGGCCGGAAGGCGUCCCUGGAGGAGCUGCAGUCAGUGCACUCGGAGCGGCACGUGCUCCUCUAUGGCACCAACCCGCUCAGCCGCCUCAAACUGGACAACGGGAAGCUGGCAGGGCUCCUGGCGCAGCGGAUGUUCGUGAUGCUGCCCUGCGGUGGCGUUGGGGUGGAUACCGACACCAUCUGGAACGAGCUGCACUCCUCCAAUGCGGCCCGCUGGGCUGCCGGCAGCGUCACUGACCUCGCCUUCAAAGUGGCUUCCCGAGAGCUAAAGAACGGUUUUGCUGUGGUUCGGCCCCCAGGACACCAUGCAGACCAUUCCACAGCCAUGGGCUUCUGCUUCUUCAACUCAGUGGCCAUCGCCUGCCGGCAGCUGCAACAACAGGGCAAGGCCAGCAAGAUCCUCAUCGUGGACUGGGACGUUCACCAUGGCAACGGCACACAGCAGACCUUCUACCAGGACCCCAGCGUGCUCUACAUCUCCCUUCAUCGCCAUGACGAUGGCAACUUCUUCCCAGGCAGUGGGGCUGUGGAUGAGGUGGGAGCUGGCAGCGGUGAGGGCUUCAAUGUCAAUGUGGCCUGGGCUGGAGGUCUGGACCCCCCAAUGGGGGAUCCUGAGUACCUGGCCGCCUUCAGGAUAGUCGUGAUGCCCAUCGCCCGGGAGUUCUCUCCGGACCUGGUCCUGGUGUCAGCUGGGUUUGAUGCUGCCGAGGGUCACCCACCCCCACUGGGUGGCUACCAUGUUUCCGCCAAAUGCUUUGGGUACAUGACGCAGCAGUUGAUGAGCCUGGCGGGAGGUGCGGUGGUGCUGGCCUUGGAGGGUGGCCAUGACCUCACAGCCAUCUGUGACGCCUCUGAGGCCUGUGUGGCUGCUCUUCUAGGCAACAAGGUGGAUCCCCUCUCAGAAGAAGGCUGGAAACAGAAACCCAACCUCAAUGCCAUCCGCUCUCUGGAAGCUGUGAUCCGGGUGCACAGUGAAUACUGGGGCUGCAUGCAGCGCCUGGCCUCCUGUCCAGACUCCUGGGUGCCCAGGGUGCCAGGGGCCGAUGCAGAAGAAGUGGAGGCAGUAACUGCACUGGCAUCCCUCUCCGUGGGCAUCCUGACUGAAGAGCGGACCUCAGAGCAGCUGGUGGAGGAGGAAGAGCCCAUGAAUCUUUAGGCUACAGGACGGAUCUGCCCCCGCCGCGCCCCGCCCUGCCCUGCCCUUCGGACCUGGUUCUCUUCCAACCUCUGGCAACAGUACCCGUUCCCGGGGUCUUCAGAGAUCCUUCGGGCAGGUAGUCGGGGCCAGAGAACAGCCUCUUGACAGUCACCCCAAGGAGCCUGGGAAGGCCCCUGGGUCUAGCAUAGGGACCAAAGAAGACCCUGACAGGAGGCCAGCUGCGUAGCCAGCCGGGCCCCAGUAGGGCUCUCCCCGAAGCACAGUCUACCCCUCUGGGGUCUGGGCCCCUAGGUGGGCCCCCGAUCCUCAGGCCUGCACAGAGGAGGACUGGCACAGCCGGGCCCGCUCACAACCACUAUUCCUGGUUCUGUAGACCCCCGACUUUGCACACAGCCCCAGGCUCCACACAGAAAUGUGAACUUGGCCUCCGCCAGAGUGGCCCUUCCUAGGCUCUGGGGGAGGGAGGAUGGGUAGGAGGAGCCAAGGGGUCCCAGAUCCCUGAGUGCAGGGGGAGUCCCUCCUCUCCUGCUUCCUCACAUGACUCUGGAAGCUUCCUCCCCACCACUGGGCAGGGAGACAAAGCUCCCUCUGAGAGCAGUCAUCGGCAGGCCUCCCAUCUGGUCCCUGCCCCUGCCAGAGGCCACCUGCGUCAACCAUCUCAGGGCUCUGGUGGGGCAGACAGGUGCUCCUGGAGUUCCUUGCUUCCUGAUCCAAUGGUGCCAAACCCUUCAUCUCCCCUCAGAAGCACAGCAUGACCCCCAGGGACCUCUCAGUAGUCACCACCCCCCUCCGUGAGCCUUCUCUUUCUGGGGUCUCCCCCACCCCAGCUGACUCCUGCCCUACAUAGGACUAGCUUGGCUGAGGGGAAAGGGGGUGGGAGAGUGAAUGGAAGACAUGGGGAGGGGAAGCUGCCCUGGCAAAGACUUCGAGGCUUCUGGGGUCCAGGCCUGGGGCCAAGAAGGAAAGUAUUUGUGUUUGUGUGUGUGUGUGUGUGAGAGAGAGAGAGAGUAAGAGGAGGGUUUGUAUGUGUGUGCACAUGAGUGUGUCUUCCUGAGUACCACCAUACCCUGUGUAUGUAUGCAUGUUUUUGUAAAAAAGAAAAAAAAAAUGGAAAAAAAAUCUGAACAAUAAAUGUUUUAUUUGCUUUAAA